AUGACGACGUUGUUCUCCGACGCCGAACGCCAGCAAUUCCGCAUCGAGCCGACCCCGGACGUCGUCCAAGCCGCAGAGGACACCAUCCUCUCGCACGAGCGCGAGAUCGGAGGGCUAGAGGAGCGCAUCGCGGCCCUGCUCAAUCAAGUGCGCGAUUUGCGAUACGAGCAGGCGCGCCACCGCGCGGCGAUCGCGCGCUGCCGUGGGCUCGUCACGCUCGCGCGGCGCCUGCCCGAGGAGCUGCUCAUCAGGAUCUUCGAGCUCCUCGUCGAGGACGGCUGGACGCGCGCGCCCGUCGUCGUCUCGCACGUGUGCUCCGCGUGGCGCCGGGCGGCGGGUGCACCGAAGGUGUGGGCGCAUGUGUACGUGCGGUGCGACGACGCGAACGUGCACGAGCGGACGCGGUUCUGGCUGCGCAUGGCGCGGGGGGCGGACCUGCAUGUGACGGUCGCGGCGAGCUGGCGGAUCCCGCAGUGGCAGAUCGGGCAGCUGAUGGGGCUGCUGGUCGAGAGGAGCGGGCAGUGGCGGUCGUUGCGGGUCGAGACGGACUCGUUGAGGCAUGCGGAGCUCGUGCUCGGCCAAUGUGACCGGCCGCUGCCUGAGCUGAGGAGCGUCGCGAUCAAGACGGCGGCGAUUGACAGCGCGGACGCCGGGGUGAACGACCUCUCGAUCCUCACGGAAAGGUUUAGCGACGAGCGUGCGCCGAGGCUCGCGAGGGUCGAGUAUGCGUCGUCGGUCAUUCCAAGGUUUCCUAUUUUCCCCGCUCACAUCACCAGUCUUGCACUGGACAUCUACGAGAGCAAUCCGCACCGCCCGCUCUCAACCGCGUCCAUCAUAGAACUCCUCGAACAGCUCACGCAACUCAAGUCGCUCGCGCUCACCAUGCCGCUCGCCUACGAGGCCGCAUUCGUCCCACUGCCCGACGACGACCUCGAACGCGCGGUAUCGCUCCCCAAUCUCAAUACCCUUGUCUGCUACGGACCCACCGAUCUCAACGAACUCCUCCCGCAUAUCCACGCCCCCGCGCUCCGCCGCCUCCACAUCCGCUCGUUGGAGGACGUCGGCUACCGCCAGCAGCCCGUCGGGCCUUCGCUCCUGCUCUUCCUAGAACGCUCCGCACCUCCCUUGGAGCUCCUCGAGCUGCACGACAUCGACCUCUCCCCAGAGACGUUCGCAGCGGUCUUUGCCGCGCUGAGCGGAACGCUGCGCGAACUCCGGCUCCACGAGUCCAGUAUCUCGGACGCGACGAUCCAGCUCCUCCAUGGUCCCAGGGGCCUGUGCCCGCACCUGACGAAGAUCGACUUCAGAUGGUGCGGGAUGCUACAGGGCCGGGCGCUGGUGGACUGGGUACGAAGCCGGUGCGCCGUAGACGACAUCCCGGAAGGGAGGAUCGGAGAGCCGAUCGAGGAGGUGGGAGUGGUGAAUUGUGCAUUUGUGCUGGAGGAAGACGUGAUGGACCUGGCGAGGAUGACGGUGUGUAGGAUCGUCAUGCGGGACGGGGAUGACUAUUGCCGUUCGCGCGGCCUUGGAUGCUGCAGCAACGGGAGGUAUCGGACGCGGUUGCGGAUGAGACACCUGACGGAUCUGGCUGCUGGACGGGAUACUGGCAUCCGUCUAGUGUUGUAG